ACACACUCAGGGGAUGUGGUAUAAAAGUAGCUGCAGGUUGUUUCUGUCUCUUUGCUGUACAACGACAACACACUUACCAGUUUCACAGUUGGACGUCCCUCCGGUGAGCAGGACUUCCUGUAGUUUCUGCUAUUGUCCUGCAGAGGGCAGCGUGGAGCUGUAGUUCUCUCACCCAAUGAGAAGUCUCCUUGGUGAGGUUGUGCUGCUUGAACUCAUCUGUUGACCUUCAGACACACUCUGACCUCUGACCCCUGAAGGAGCCAUGAGCCACCAUCAGAACUCUCUUGAUGACACCGGUUUGUCUGCAUCUCUGUCUCCUCUUCCUUUUCUACGGCGCCAUAGUGAUGAUGAAGAAGAAGAGGAGGUGGACCUGAACAAGGUCUUCGAUAUUCAGGGUUUUCAGCAGAUCCUUUGUCCUUCAGCUUGCAGCCCACCGGAGAAAAAUAGAGUCUACAAUGAGCAGGAUUUUGAGGAUCACCGGGUCUUCUCCCGCCACGUCCAUCAACCUCUGUCCAAACCGCCCGCUGACAGCAGGAGGAAGAGGACCACCGAGGGGAGGAUGGAGGGCCGGAGAGGCUCCACCGCGGCCACCAUAGUAGAAGACCGGGAGGAAGGAGAGGUUAAGUCCCACGGUCCAAUUGGAGAGGAGCGAUCAGCUCCUGCCCCCAGUGACACUGUCUCACCCAAUGACAUCACGCCGAGAAGUGCCGCUGACAGCGCCGACGAGGCGGAAAUGCUGAUGUGCGUCGACCUGGAUGAUAACAAGAGUCACCGAUUGGCCGAUGUCCCGACAGCGAGGUGUCACCUGGUGAAGCGGAGCUCCAGAGGGCCGAUCGUCCAAGUCACCAAAGAUCAGAUCAGCUGCCAAGAACCGUCCCACCAGCAACCAGACCGAACACCUCAUGAGGUGUUCGUGGAGCUGAAGGAGCUGGUGAUCGACGGGAACCAGGAGCUUCAGUGGAGGGAGACGGCUCAGUGGAUCGAGUUCGAGGAGGAGGUGGAGGAGGAGACGGAGCGCUGGGGGAGGCCCCACGUCACCUCGCUGUCCUUCCGCUCGCUGCUGGAGCUACGAAAAACCAUCUCCCACGGGACGGUGCUUCUGGAUUUGAAGCAGAAGACUCUGCCGGGGAUCGCUGAGCAGAUGGUGGAGCAGAUGGUGAUCUGCGAUCAGAUAAAAGCUGAAGACCGAGCCAACGUCCUCCAAGCUUUGCUGCUCAGACACAGUCAUCCCAGUGAUGAGAGAGAUCACAACUUGUUCAGCAAGUACAUCUCUGCAGCCAACAUGGCCACAUUGAUGGACAGACACAGUCGCCAAUCAGAGCCCACCAUGACUCUGAAAAAUCACAGAGAGGCUGACGGGGAAAGGUGCACGAUGGAUGCCUCGCUUAUCAGCGCCUCCAAAUCCAAACAUGAAGUGAAGCUGAUGGAGAAUUUCCCAGAAAGAGCUGAAGCCACAGUUGUCCUCGUUGGCAGCGUGGGCUUCCUGGAGCAGCCCUCAAUGGCAUUCGUCCGACUACAGGAGGCGGUGCUGCUGGACUCCAUCCUGGAGGUUCCGGUUCCUGUUAGGUUCCUCAUCCUUCUGCUGGGCCCGCCUACGGCCAACAUCGACUACCAUCAGAUUGGACGCUCCAUCUCCACACUUAUGUCUGACAAGCUCUUCCACGAGGCGGCGUACCAGGCUGACAACCGCCAGGACUUGCUGACGGCAGUCAACCGCUUCCUGGACUCCAGCGUUGUCCUCCCUCCCUCCAACGUCAACGGCAAUGAGGUCAUCCACUCGGCCGCCCGCUUCGAACGGGAAAUGCUCCAAAAGAGGGAGGAGCAGAGCGGCCAGCUGCAGGAGAAGCAGAGUGUCGCUCAGCAGGACAAAGGCUUCCUUGUUCCUUUAAAACCUGGCGAGGAACCCCUAAGAAGGUCGGGCCGUCUCUUUGGAGGUCUGAUCAGAGACGUGACCCGGCGCUACCCUCAGUACCUCAGCGACCUCCGGGAUGCUCUGAACCCUCAGUGCAUGGCUGCCGUCAUCUUCAUCUACUUUGCUGCCCUGUCUCCUGCCAUCACCUUCGGGGGACUCCUGGGGGAGAAAACCGAGGGUCUGAUCGGCGUGUCGGAGCUCAUUGUAGCCACGUCUCUGCAGGGCAUCGUAUUCAGCGUGCUGGGCGCUCAGCCACUGCUGGUAAUUGGCUUCUCUGGACCCCUGCUGGUCUUCGAGGAGGCCUUCUACAUGUUUUGUAGAGACAACGGGAUUGAGUAUCUGACAGGUCGGGUCUGGAUUGGUUUCUGGCUGGUGCUCAUUGUCCUCCUCACCGUGGCCUUCGAGGGGAGCAUCCUGGUUCGCUUCGUCUCUCGCUUCACCCAAGAGAUCUUCUCCUUUCUCAUCUCCCUCAUCUUUAUCUACGAGACCUUUGCAAAACUGGUCAAGAUAUUUCAGGACCAUCCUCUCCAAAACUGUUUCCAUGGAAACCACACAAUGUCUCCAUCUCCGUGCAACUUCACAACGUCUGGUGCGAACACCGGGAAGGUUAUUGGGGAACCAAACACAGCUCUGCUGUCCUUCGUUCUCAUGGCGGGAACCUACUUCAUCGCCUUCUACCUACGCAAGUUCAAGAACAGCUCUUUUUUUCCUGGGAAGCUCCGUAGGAGCAUUGGAGACUUUGGCGUCCCCAUCGCUAUCCUGAUCAUGGUGCUGGUGGACUACAGCGUGGAGGACACCUACACCCAGAAACUGAACGUGCCAAGUGGGUUCUCAGUGUCCAGUCCAGAGAAGCGUGGUUGGUUGAUCUCUCCUCUGGGGUCAGAUGGGCAGUUUCCUGUUUGGAUGAUGGCCGCCAGCAUCCUGCCGGCCAUCCUCGUCUUCAUCCUCAUCUUCAUGGAGUCCCAGAUCACAGCGCUGAUUGUCAGUAAGAAGGAACGGAUGCUGAUGAAGGGAACUGGUUUUCACCUGGACCUCCUCAUCAUUGUGGUGGUGGGCGGAGUCUCGGCGUUGUUUGGUCUGCCCUGGUUGUCGGCUGCCACAGUUCGCUCCGUCACCCACACCAACGCCCUUACAGUCCUGACCAAAGCCGUGGCUCCCGGAGACAAGCCCCGCAUCCAGGAGGUCAAGGAGCAGCGGGUGACAGGCUUCCUGGUUGCUGUCUUAGUGGGCCUGUCCAUUGUGAUCGGGGAGGUUCUACGUCAGAUCCCUCUCGCAGUUCUGUUCGGGAUCUUCCUCUACAUGGGUGUGAUGUCUCUGAACGGGAUCCAGCUCACCGAACGACUUGUCCUGCUGCUGAUGCCCCCAAAGUAUCACCCAGACAACAACUACGUUCGUAAGGUACGGACAAUGAGGAUGCACCUGUUCACUGUUGUCCAGCUGACAUGUCUUUCCCUUCUGUGGGUCGUCAUGGCGACAGCGGCGGCGCUGGCCUUCCCCUUCAUGCUGCUGCUGACCAUCCCGGUGAGGAUGCUGCUGCUCCCCCGCCUCUUCAACCGCAGAGAGCUGCAGAGUCUGGACGCUGAUGAUGCUGAGCCUCACCUGGAGGAGAAGGAGGGACAGGACGAGUACUCACAGCUGCAGAUGCCCGUGUGACCUAACGGCGCCUCCUGAUUGGUUGAUCCACCUCUUUCAUUAGCAUAAAUGAGAUGUAUCCUGUAGCGGAGCAAGGGGACUGAACACUUGUUUUUAUCAUUCUGACUUGGUGUUGUUACUCUGCUUAAUGUUUUAAAGAUCUCAUUAACUGGAUGAAUCUCUGUUUCUAUUGUGG